CAGAAGGCAGGUUUGAUUCGGGUCAAAACAAGGCCAGCUUGUACGCCUGAAACCACGUUUUGCUGUACUCCGCUACACCGCCACGUUAGUUGGUUGCUUCAGUUGGAUUCAAACGAGUUUAACACGUUUAAAUCAUGUCUGUUCAACAGUGCUUAGCUUGUAAUGCCGUGGUGAGUAGACCAUGUCUGAAUCGUGUUAUUAUUGGCUGGUGAAUUUCUCUAUGUCGCUUGUGUUUAAUACAUGUGCUUUAGUUGUUGUCUGGUAUAAACGAGCGAAAUUAAUUCACAUCGCGUCGAAAUGAUGUUUUCUUAAACUCGGUAGUCUUGAAUCUGAGAGUCUUCCGCUUCACUGAAUCUCUGGAGCUUAACAACAAAAUGUACGCUUCUCAAAUAUACGUACUCGACAGAGCGACAAAUUUUCGCACGCUAAAGAUAUUGAUUCUACCAGAAUACAGACUAAUGAACAUUGGGGUAGAGUAAUUUAUGCAUCUUCGAGACUAAACGCCCCGAAACUUUAGAACCGAUAAGAAAACGCAUGGUCUGGCAAAGCAAACAGCUGUCGUGCGUAAACAACAUAGACUUGGUACAAUUCCGGUAUUUUUAACCAAAGACUGUUUCUUGAAUUGAACAGGAAAGAGGCCCAUUUUAAAAAUCACGAAUCGCUCGUGUCCUCUUGGCCAAGAAUCAACGAUUGCCGAGGAUCGCAGUCACGUCCGGGGAGCGUAAAUGAUAAGUGGUCAUCCGUAUGAAUACGAAGCUUUUAUCAGCAGAGGCCGAAACUUUUGUCUAAUAUGAGCUUAAUCCCCUUAAAGGUAAAGUCCAGAGUCGAAAAUAACCUAUCUGUGUUUUAGCUAGUAUUUCAAAGAGCCUUACGCGGCAAUCAUUCUGGCCCUGACUCAACUGCAAACAUAAAGCUUCCAGAUUCUAGAAACGUGUUCGUGCCUUCACUGGUGCUGUACGGAUGCUGGCCCGAUUGCUGAACACGAGCUCCAAAUUUUUAUUUUGCAACCAAACAACGCGAAUUAACAAGAAUGCGGUUAACUUGUGGAUGCGUUGUAGGAUUAAUUUAAUAUAGAGAACCAGGCAGAAAGUGACGAUUAUCAAGAUUUCACCCAAAGUUGGAAUCAUAGUACGCCCCGGCCGGAUAAACUCAGAGCGUAACUUUCCUUUUAAGAGCAAAAGGUUCUAAAAGGUAAUUACUUUACGAUAACUAUUCGCCUUAGCCACAUACCUUCGGUUUUGGCGCCGAAGAAAGGCCUACAUGCACAUUUUAACUUUAUUCAAGUCCACUAUGCUUUAAAAAAAACCGUAGCCUUUUAAUACAGCUGAACAGAACCUUGAUAUUCCUUGCGAGUACCUCUGGGCGAAUCGGAGCAUGCAAUGUGUCCAUAGAAAGCCUACUAGCAAGCCCUCCGGGGCGCUCUCCUUAAACUGGAAGUUAACUAAAUUAAGAGCGAACUACGGCCGUCCCCAGCUGUCAUAAGGGCCCCUGAAGAGUUUCAAUUCAGAGUGAUCAUUGUUCACUUCACUUAUUUCGUUCUUCAUGCACCGAAGAAUGCUGAUAACUGGAUAACGCGACAGAUAGUGAGGAAAGGACCUUACCGGCUACUGACGAAAAAAAAUAUAACAAGAGUAACAUAAAUUUUGUCUCCUGAAUAAGUGAAUAACGCCCUUUUUGGGAGAAUAUCCCUUGUCCGGAAUAACAAGAUUUUAUAACAUGGAACAAGAGAGAAUUCUCUUGCAUGGAAUAACUAAAAUUUCCGAGCAGGAAUGAUAGAAUUAUGAACAUCCCAUUAUUCUUCUUUUCUUAUCGAAUCCUUUUCCAGCCCCGACUUGUUAACGAGACUUGGUCAUUUUUGUCUACUGCGCUGACUGCCAAUGUUAAGAAACCGUCAUUGAUGUGAAAACGUAAUUCUCGAAUUUAGGCUCACGGUAGUUACCGUAUUUAUUCGAUGAACCACCCUGGGCCGGGUUGUUCGAAGCUGGGUUAGGGUAACCCAGGGUUAGUGCGAAAUUUGAACUCAAAUAUGAGAGCUUAAAAAACAAAUCCAGUGAAAUUCUCUUUGCCUACAAUUUGAUGAAUGGAUACUCUAAAAAGAAUAGAGAAAAUCAUGCGAGAGAGUGCUUUUGAUAAAAAGAAAAAGAAACCGAGGUUAAAAUUUAACCCUGGGUUAGAGCUAACCGGCGUUCGAACAACUAGGCCCUGGGCGCUCAUUAAAUUUUUGGACCUUGAGAGGCUGGGCGCUUAUUAAAUUUUCAACAUUUUCAGCAAGUGAAGUAUGUUUAUUUUGCAACAAAACAAUAAAUGCUAUUAACAAAACGCGAAGAAGUAACAAAGCAAGGUUUCUGUAAAAUACUCGGAAGAAAACUUCGUCCUCAGGGAAGUCUCUUAUUAGAAUUUAUUCACUCAAGUGGGUGAGGUGGGGGUGAGCGUUUAUUUGAGUUUGAUUGGGAGGAGGAGGAGGGGGUGGGCGCUUAUUAACUUUUUCUGCCUUUAGGAUGGGUGCUUAUUCGAGGUGGGCGCUAAUUCGAGGUUGGGCGCCUAUUCGAAUAAAUACGGUAUUUUGAUCUUUUAAUGUCUGAAAGGCUUGCCAACGGCUUGCACAAGCUUCCUUUCAACACUCCAAAGCUGCAAAGACAAACGCCAUCACCCUAAAUUGUUUGUGUAGAAGAUCACGUUUAACGACAAAAAGAAAGAGAAAAAAAAUGAGUUAAUUAGCACAGCUGCCUUUGCGAAACUGUGGCAAUGCCAAAACGUAAGAAAAACGUUUAACCUAGCACUGAAUAAAUUGCAAAACAAUCUUUGCAAUCUUGCCGUCAUGUUUUCCCAACUUCCCAACUUUUAACAGGAGACAUGGAUAAUGUCGACAACUAUCGAUCCGUUAUGGAAGAUUGUUUCGAAUUUUUAACGACUCUGCGUCACUUAAGGUGGCUCGACAGGGUUUUUAAGGAUCAAUGCCUCCCAAGUUUGAGCAUAAACUACGACGCCAUUAACAAAGAUUUGAAAAAAUUACCACCGCAGCUGUAUUAGAUAAAGAUCAAAAUUUGUUAUGAUCAGGGUUGCAAUGACAUCGGAGUUCUCAUAGCAACGUAAUGACGCCAUUACCUAUUUUACUUGCAGCCGUAUUUCUCGGCAAUAGGAACCCAGUGUUCUUUUAAACUCGUUGAAGGGAGAUUUUUCCUUCAAUAGCCGCCUCGAUGUUCGUGACGUUUAAGCGAAAUCUAUAACAGCUUUAUCGAGAUAUUUAGGGGUUAAGUUGUUAUGGUUAGAAAUACUGCGGUAAAAACUGGACAGUCUUGAUGUUCGGCCGUUAUCUGUAGGAAACGAAGCGCUUUUGAAAUGCAAUUUCACCUCAUAAUAGUUUCAGUCCUUUUGAAAACGUGUGAGAAAGAUCAUGGAGAUAGCUCCAGCCGAUUGCGAGAAAGAAGGAUUUGAUUAGUAUGUAUCGAGGCGCCCUUGUUGGCGGUUUCGUACACAUUUUGGUCUACUUUAACAAAUUAGCAAAUUUUUUUUAAACCGCUAGAUAGAUUUUUUCAAAAUUUGAGAUUCUCGAGGUCGCAACCGUCGUUUUAUGAUCAUUAUAAGGUAUUCUCAAACUCAUUAAUAAUUCAUUAAGAAAAUACAAAGGAAAUUAAUGUUUAAUGAGUGUUUGGAAAUCGGAUGAAACACUGCUUAGUAUUUGCAUCCUUAAUUUCUCCUUCAAAAAUGAUUUUGUUUGAGAAGAAAUAUCAAACAUUCGACACAGUGUUUCAUCACCAGAUGAAACACCUCGAAGUUCGUCAAAAAUACUCCGCUGCGCGUCGUAUUUUCAACUCUCUUCUCGGUGUUUCAUCUGGUGAUGAAACACUGCAUCUCAUGUUUGAUAUAUUACUUGAAAUAUGGGCAACAAUUGGGUAAUUUUUUGUCAGCAAUUUAGUGUUAACUAUUCAGGGGUAUUGUCUCUAAGUUUCAUUUUCACGUGAACAACGGUAGCUAACAAUGCAUUUGAAAUGUCCAGAAAUGUUAGCUAUUGUUGUCCUCGAAAAUAUGAAACUUGGAGACAAUACCCCUGAAUAAUGAUAGGCUCUCACAUGUAAACACGAAAUUUCUGACAAAAAGUAGCGAAUUGUAACCUUUAUUUUACUCUCUUGCAAUAAAUCAAUAAUCUUGAAACUCAAAGGUCAUAUAAAACGACGGUUAAUCUCGAGAAUCUCAAAUUUUUAAAAAUAUCUAUCGAGCAGUUUAAAAUUCUUCGCUUAUUUGUUAAAGUAGACCAAAAUGUUACCAAGUCGCUAACAAGAGCGCCUCGAUACAUACUAAUCAAAUCCUUCUUUCUAGCGACUCCAAACUAGCCACGAGUUUCGGGGAGCUUGUCUUCAUUUUCAAAAAACCUGCCUUAAUCGAACAGUAUGCCAUAUACUUCCUUAAUGAGUAUUGUCUGUUGUUUAUUUCUUUAAAUCAUCGUUUCAUAACUUAAGGUUGAGUAAUGCAACAUUUCAGUGGGGCCGGUAUUUUGAAUGUGUCUACUUGUUUGUCACAUGGCCAGUCCCGAAAGCGCUGCCAGCGAACAAGGUAAAGCUUUGAGGGAAGUUCAGGUAGACUGGUUGCCCGCAUUGAAAAAAUACUUCUGGUCAUAUCAUCAAUCUUUUUUAUGACCAAGCUUAUUUGAAUAUUGGCCUCUUUCUCAUGUGACUGUAUUCAUUUCUGACGUCUCUAUAUCAUCUUAUUAGGUUCCUAAGUCAAGCAAAACGUGCGAAUGUGGUCACGUGUUUGAGGAUGUGAAGCAAAUAGCAGGAAAAAGAUUUUCAGGUCAGACUCGAUAUCACAGGGUACGGAGCGUUUUCACUCACGUGACCAGCAGCUAUGCUGAUUUCUGACAGAAAAAUUAAAACACCCAUAGAAUUGUCUUGGUAAACUAACAUGGCCGCCGUUUCAUUGUUUUGGAACACCAAUAUGGCCGCCGUGACGUCAUGUGUAAACGCUCUUUAGACAUUUCUCUCGUGCUUCAACUUUAAAUAUAUUUAGCCUGCCUAGCAGGCGUCGAAAGGGGUAGGGGAUAGGGAAAAAGGGACGGGGGUAGGGGAGAGAGGGGAAGGGACGCCUGCUAUAAGAACCCCCUUUUAUUCAUUUCUGCGGACGCUGGCGUCCGCAAAUUCCUGAUUGGCUGAGCCGUAAUGAUUAACUUAUUGACGUGUAUCCUAGCGUGUAUUAGUGUGAGAGACAAACAUGACGAAGGCAUCAAGAAAAUGUGUUCUACUGGCAUAAGCUUUGGAAGAUCAAAAUUACUCCAAUCAUGUAGCAACUUCACGUUAAAACUCGAACUAACACCAACUGUAACAGCUUGUUAGCAGGCAGAGAUGCUCAGGAGGUUUUGUUUACUGGAUUUGUCCAUACACCGAGCAGCGAUUCAAAGCGAUUGCGAUUCUUGCCAGACAUCUGCAAUGCCGAUAUUCAAAAGACUUCCUUUUCCGCAAAAACAUAUACCGUCUUGAGUGGAGUUUUAAAUGGUUUGCUAAGAGAGAGAUGAAGCUUUGAUAAAGACUAUCCGUUGAGCGUUUUGACAAUUGUUUAUAAUUCUCCUUUACUUUCAUUAUUCGCGUCUCAGGCUGGCCAGUGUUCUGUUCUUUGUGACCAUCACACAGGGGCACCCAACGGCAAUUUUCGGAAAAUAUCUGUUCGGACGACGAUUUGAGAUCUAGAAUUUUCGGAUUAGUUGUUGUAAAAUUUCUUGCUUGCCUGCCUCUCCCAGGAUUUUCGAACACCUACAAAAUGGUAUAAUUGCCCAUUUUUAAGGGAUUUUGACCCUAAAAAACGCCACCUAGAAUUUUCGGGAGCCUUUUCCUGGCUGAAAUUUUCGAGAAGCUAAGUUUUUAUUCCUAUAAUUUUCGGAUCAAUAGACUUUCAGCUAGGAAAUCCGAACAGAUGAAAAGUUUUUAGGGAAUAAAAAUAUGCCUAUAUCUACCGUUUAAACACUAAACUACGUUCAACAAUGCUGUGUUAAGUGGUUUUGAACUAUAUCCUCGUUGGGUGCCCCUGAUCACAGUGCUUCAUGAGGUUGUAAGAUAAAAGGUCUUGUGUAUUCACACGAAACUGAUGAUUCUUUGUCGUAGACUGCGAGCAGUAAAAAAAAUGAGAGACUGCUAGUAGUCUAUGUCGGUCGUGUUUGCUGCGGGAGCAAGAACAGUAAAAAUGUUUCAUUUCGCUCGAUUAUGAUAUCACUUGAUAAAAGCGUCUCAACUUGACAAUUUCCGGUAAACAAAGUAAUUAAGUUCGGACCAUGCUGAGAAGCCCCGUACUUGUAAUUGGUCACGUAUUGACAGUGACAUUAUCGGAUUAGUUGAGAAAAUGGUGGGCCGAUUACAAAAACCCCGGCUCUUAGAGCAGGCGCUCCUUUCCCUUUUCCCUCUUUCGUGCUUUUCUCCCUCCCCCUCCCCCUUUCCUUUUUGCGCCUGCCACGCAGGCUAAAUAUAUUUUGCAUCACGUGUUUUAAGUCAGUUUUACGAUUUUUUUGGUUUCUAGAAUAUCGAGCAGAGUUGUACUGGAGAUUAGAAAACAAACGCAUGGAGAAGUUGUCAAAAGAAAAUACGCCAUGUAAUGGAGAUCAAACAGUAGACCAAAACAACAAUGCCGACAAUUAUAAAAGCAAGGAAGUGGGCGAAAAGGUUAGUAAACUAAAAAAAUGACAGGGAGGUCGAAUAAGCUAAAGUAUCAACAAGGGAAAAAUGAUAUCUAACUCAGAUAUCUAACGAGCCUGCCCGUAUAAAACUUUGUUGAGUAGCCCCCCCCCGCCCCCCAACCCCCACCCUCUCGGAUUGAUCGAGGUUCUCUCGGAUCUGAGAGGUUCUCUUAGCUCGGUGGCGCAAGGAUCGUUGAUGGGACAUGUACCUCUGCGUAGGAGGGCUAGGAGGCUAUCCGGUGGACUGAUAGACUGAAUCAGCUUUGCACUAAGAAAAUGGCACACAUACGAACUGAUUGACUGCAAUGCCAAUGAAUGGGAGACCUAUCUGCAACUGGAGCUGGCUGAUCGUCAAAUUCAAUAUAGUAUUUAUAUUUGUGUGCUUUUAGAAAAUAUUUAUGAAUGCUUUGUCUUAGAAAAUAUAACAUAAAGCAAAUUGCACUUGUUAAAUUCCUGAUACAACAAGUAAGUAAUUCUAACCUUUUGGCUGGCAGAUGUCACAGUGAUUGAUUGUGCCUGAGUUCUAAAGUUUGUUCAAUUAACUUUUUUUCUAACUUCUUGCUAUGUGAUUGUCUUACUGACUUAAUGGUUAAAAAUCAUGGUCUGACUGACUGAAUGCUUCCUCUAAUUAAGUUGAUUUUCGGAUUAUGAAAAGGUCGUCGACGAGCCAGCUGCUUCCAUAGCAGCGCCAGCCAAGGUGUCAAAGAAAAGCCGACUGUUUCAGCGGCGGGUGGAAGGGCUGUAUCCAACAAAAAAGAAACCUGCCAAGACACCAUACAUGAAGUACUCGAGCUUGCAAGACAGAAGAACGGUCUCAACUGAAGAAAUGCGCAGGUUUUCCAAAGCUCUUGAGGAAAUUAACAAAAAGAUUCACUUCCAGAAUCUAGUGUGGAAAUUAAGCAGUUAAACUAAGUACAUCCGGCCGCCGACACCAGACUGGAACAGGUGUGAGAACUGCGGACAUUUGCAGGAAUGACUAGUUAUAUUCUGCUGUACUUACUGACAAUAACUAUUAAUUCAUUCUAUUUAAUUACAUCUGCUCCCUGAGUUCAAGAACCGGUACAGCCACGGCAUAGUCAUCAUCAGUCACCAUGUUUCUCAACAGCAUACUUUUGACAACCACAGUGGUGCAGUGGAGGUGUUUUAGUACUUAUUACAGUGCUAUGGAGGUGUUUCAGUACUUAAUUUACAUUUUUAUCAGUUUCAGGCUACUUUCACACGGCACAGGACGAAUGUUGGACCGGCUGAAAAACAUUGACCACGUAUUUAUGCCUUUGUUGUACAAAAAUCAGCUAGACCUUCAUGAUAUUCACAAAAAUUUUUGUCCUAAAUUUUUGAGCUCGAUUUUCCCGUUUAAAUUUUUUAACGGUUAGGCGUCUAAAUAUUUGGCGGAACUGUUACAGUGGUUACGUGUGAACGAACAGACGAAUUUUCUAGCGAUCAAAUAUUUGACCAGUAACGUGCGAAUGUGGCCUUAAAGUUGUGCUCCAUGUCGGCCUCAAGCCGUAGAGGUUUCGAUGCGCCCGCGAUUCUCCUCACUUCAGAGUUGAGAAGUAAUUUAAAUUGGCCAAUCAAAGGGAGCCCGUAGAAAUUUGCAGGGUAUAAAUUAAAGGAAAUCACCGUAAACAAGGUUAAAAAUUGUUGUAGAUAUUUAAAGGAUACCAAAGAUGGCGUACAAAAAGUAUGACAAUGCUUUCUCUUUGCCCCUUUAACAUAAAGAUGCCACGGACAAGCACAUCAUAACCCGUGCGCCCAGCCAUGAAACGUAGAGAAUCGCGGCGAGCCCUUCAGUAAAAUAAGGAACGUUUGUAGACUUAAAAAAUCGCUCGAAAGUCGUAACUGACCGGUCUAACACAGCGGCACCACAUUAAAAGCGCCCAAAUCUGGUUUAGAUUAAAUAGUCUACUAUUAGGCCUUGGCAUUCACAGCCAUAGCUGUUGUUGCUUUUACGUGAAGCGUUUCUUCCGGAUCAAGCCAGGAGUAGUCCGCGGAAAGUACGAAUGUGUUGUAGCUUUGAGCUAAAUCCCCAUUGGCGAAAAAUGUCUGACUGGUCGAUAGGCGACCACGUGACAUAGAGUAAAUUCAACAUGGCGGAGCAUGCGUAGACAUUUUUCGCCAGUGAACUUUUUCUAGGCUCUGAUUUCCUGGUCAAGCAAAGCUUCAAGACAAUGUUGAGAGCUACAAAGCUGGUUUUACGAUAACUAGAA